AUGGCGGGACCCCUACCUCCACUCAUAUCCGUUAUUGGCGCCACGGGGACUGGUAAAUCGCAGCUGGCGGUAGACAUUGCCCAUGCCUUUAAUGGCGAGAUCGUCAAUAGCGAUGCUAUGCAAAUGUACGCUGGACUCCCCAUAAUAACCAAUAAACCAACAGUAGCGGAAAUGCGCGGAAUACCGCAUCACCUGUUUGGUUUCCUGCGGGUUGAUGAAGUUUAUCGUGUUGGUCAGUUUGUGAAGGAAGCUGAGAAAAAGAUUGAGGAGAUUAGGAGUAGAGGAAAGCUGCCAAUUGUGGUUGGCGGGACUCAUUACUACGUUCAAUCUUUGCUGUUUCCGCAUUCAAUUGGGAUAGAGGGAGAGGAGGGGUACCCUUUCCUGCCAGACGCGGGGGAUGGUUUGGCUGAUAAAUAUCCAAUCUUAGAUUCUCCAACACCACAGCUAUUUGCAGAGCUCCAGCGCAUUGACCCAGCGAUAGCGGAGAAAUGGCAUCCCAAUGAUCGUCGGAAGAUCCGGCGUUCACUGCAGAUAUACUAUUCCACGGACGGGAAGCAAACUGCAAGUGAAGUCUACGCUUCUCAGCGAGCAGGAAAAGAAGCGAAUCGGUAUAGGAGUCUAGUUUUCUGGGUACACGCCGAAGCUGAAGCGCUGAAGCAGCGACUAGACACCCGAGUGGACAAAAUGAUUGACAGUGGGAUGUGGGCUGAGAUAGAGGAGAUGAAGAAGACAUAUGACUCAAUGGAAGUGGACAUGACCAAGGGUAUCUGGCAAAGCAUUGGGUUCAAAGAACUCCUACCAUACCUACAACUCUACGACUCCCACCACCAAGAUUCAGAAGAGGGCAAGGAGAAACUUCAGACACAGCUAGCACAAGCCCGCACUCGCUGCAUCGAAGCCAUGAAAACCGCAACCCGCCAAUACGCUCGCACCCAAACCCGCUGGAUCCGCAUAAAACUGCUCAAUACCCUCCGCCCGCCGUCACAUAUUUACCUCCUAAACUCCACUAGCCCUUCAACCAUCACCGAAACCGUAACCGACCCUGCCCUAGCCCUCGCUAAGAAAUUCCUUGCCGGCGAGAACCCUAGUCUGCCAGACCCACGCAGCCUCUCGGCUCUAGCAGAGGAAAAUCUUAAGCCUAAGCGCGAAGACUUCUCCUCGAGGCCGGAUUUAUGGGUCAAGAAGACAUGCGAGGUGUGUGGGGUCACUUGCAUUAACGGGGAUAUGUGGGGGUUGCAUGUUAAGAGUUCACGGCAUAAGAGGCUUGUGAAGAAGGCGGCAAUGAAGGAGGAGAUUGAGGGAUAUAUUCGUGCAAAGAAGGAGGAGAGAGAUAGAAAGAGGGUGGAGUUGGUGAGGGUUUUGGAGAGGAGGGUUGAGGAUUUAGCAGGGUUGGAGAUAUUUGAUGAGGGGGAGGCGGAGGGGAGAAAAACGGGGGAGGGGGUGGAGGGAUAGGAGAUAUCUAAGACCCUUUUAAUAAAAAAUCUGUGCAUAGCGGAUUUAGUGCCUUUAGAAGGGGCAGGCGCUCAAUUGUAAGUAGUACAUAGAACCUCAGAUACCUGGUCCA